ACCCCUGGACACAACAGAGGUGGGUUCAGGUACCUAGGAGGAGCAAGCAUCCCCUGUUGACCGACCACACCCGCCGCGAGCCCUACCACAUGAUCAGGCAAACGGAGUCAUCCGUAGUCAAAAUCAGUGUGCCAAGAACGACCAAAUAAUCGGUAUGAAACACGUCAGACAGCAUUUGACCCAAUGAUAGGUUGUAUUGACGAACUAAAUCGUUAUAACGACCAUAUAAUUUGCAACAUAUUUUACGUCCGGUCUACUGCUGGUAAAAACUUAGUGUAUAUGAAAGGUGAAGAUAACGAAUAGUAAUCAAUCUCAUAACUCCUAUAAGGAAUAUAAAAUAGAAGGUUGGACAAACACGGACCCAUGGAUAUAGCAGAGGUGGAAUAUCGUGCCUUGGAGGAAUAAGGAUCACCUGUCGACCGGUCAUACCCGCCGUGAACCCUAUAUCUUGAUCAGAUAAAGGGAAUAAUACGUAGUCAGAAUCAGUGUGCCCAGAACGGUCUAACAAUCGGCAUGAAACACGACAGACAGCAUUUAACCCAAUGGCAAGUUAUAUUGGCAAACUAGAUCAUCAUAACGACCAAAUAAUUUGCGAAAUGCUGACUUUGAACAAGACUGUUGAAACCCCUGUAACAUCAACUUGACUGUCAUUAGUCUGCCUCGACUAUACUUAUCAUACGCAGAACAAUAUUUUGAUUGAUUGAUUGUGGUUUUAUGUCGUUUUUUGCAAUAUUUCAGGCAUUUUACGGCGGAAAUCAGUUGGGAGAUGUAAACAUCAUAUGCAGGUGGUAAUGGAAUAUUGCUAUAUAAAUAUGGGAAGUUGACGAUAGAGAAGUUGAAAUCAUCGCGUUUUUGAGUUGUUAAUUUGCCGAUAAUAUCUAUUUUCAAUAUGAUAUUUCAACACUUAACAUGAUAAUUCCUCAUGUAAAAUUAAAGACUAUGCUUUUUGACAUUAUAGACGGUUGUAAAGUCGACAUAGGAAUAUUCAUAUCUCGUACUCAAUCAUCCAAAACAUUACUUUGUUAAACACUACUCUGUUCUUGCACACAAGUUGAAAAAAGAAGCUGGAGUUCCUCAUUUCCUCAUUGACAUGUACAAUAUCUUCGCAAAUUCUAUGGUUGUUAGAAUGAUGUAAUUCACCUAUACAACCUUCCAUUGGGUGAAAUGUUGUCUGAUGUCUUUCAUGCCAAUUAUUAGGCCGUUCUUUAUAUGACAUAGGAUGCUUACUCCUCCUAGGCACCUGAUCCUACCUCUGGUAUGUCCAAGGGUCCAUGUGUGUCCUACUCUUCAGUUCCAUUCUUUAUAGAAGUUAUAAAAUUAAUCACUGUUCGUUAUCUUCAACUUUGCAUUCUCGCUACCAAGCAGAAAAUCUUUCUCAGUGGACUUCUUAUGUCGUUUUCUACUGGAGCUGAAGAUUGAUGAUUGAUUUAUUGUAUCUUGUUUAACGUCUCUCUCGAUAAUUUUUCCUUACCAUUCUUCAAAUAUAGAAAUCAUUAAGAAAUUUGGAGAUACAUGUAAGUCAAAGUCAGGUGAUUUUUAGCAUUUAAGUUAAAAUAACUUGCAGGUCCAUGAUACCUGCAUUUUACGUACUUGAUAAAAUUUGAAUGCACUGUAAUAACGCGAGUUACGCUUUCUUUCUGCAAUGUUUGCCACUUUCAUAUCCCGUUUAACAAACCAAAAAAGUAUUUUAUCCUUUGAAUAAUACCAUGGUCAUAUUAAUAUUUACUCCCUGCAAUAUAAUUGUUAUUUUAAUAAAAUGGAAUUUGCCUCUUUCUGCGCCUUAGUCAUACCUUCGGGGACCUAAAUGAGAAUUCCAGAACAUUACUGCUAAUCUACAAGAUAUGUCCAAGCGUGUGCAAACCGAACCUUUUUGCUACAUUUCAUAUUUUAAACAACGUUGUGUGAUAAACGCCAGUGAACCCGCAAUAGAAAAGGAACUGGAUCCAAUAUUGUUAUCUUGAAAAUUUUAUUCGAAACAAUCAAUGGAAACAUGGCAAUGUGGAUGAAAAGUAUUAAAUUUGUUGCCUUCUCUUUAGUAAUAUGUAUAGUGUGCUUACUGUUAUCAAGACUAUGUUUGCUGCUAAUUAAAGACUAAUAUUUACAUUUGCCAAUGCACUUCCUUAUAUGACAGUACUAAUGAAAUCGAUGUUCAAUUUCGUAUGACAUGAAUUUGGUCACGUGAUCAGUUUGUUCUUGCGUAUGAAUACAAUCAUCGCUUCAAAAGUCAGUUCCUGUAUUUUCACCUGGGUUCUUGCUUAUGCAAUGCAGUGGGGGAUUUAGACACACCCCCCCCCCCCACUCUCGCCACAAAUUUAAAUAAUAGAAAUAGUGCGAGUAAAAUCUAGAUUGGCACCCAAAAUGGCUGAGUAUUUUGGCUAAUACUUGACUUUCACCCCCACCCCCCUUCGUAAAACCUGGAUCCGCCACUGCAAUGAUAUCAUAACAGAAACAAACGCAGCAGGAUAUUUAUACAGAUUUUAUUUUGUAAACAAACAAGAAUUUCAUCAAUUUAUAAAACAGAAACAUUAAACAUAUCAUUCUGUUGUUUCAUUUUAUACAGUUUUAAAUACCGUUUUUAACUUCUGCAUGGCAAUUUUAUAAAGUUCUAUGAUAUUGGAAGCGAAGACAUGUAGACAGAGUUAUAAGCCUAUUUACUUUAUGAUGAUAAGUUAACCUGUUGUUUCCUGGCAACUUCCAUCACGGCUAUGACUCGGCAUGAUCAUAAGCAAGGCUGGUUUCGAGGCUCGAACAAUUUAGAUGUUCAUGUCAGGGUACUGGUGCGAGUCUUCAUUAAAAUCCUACAACAGAAAUUUCUCAAGUGAACAAAAACUCCGUCAGUUCGUUUUUAUUUUCUUUUACACACACUGAAGGUAAAUAAAAGACGCAACCUACCUGCACUUUGUCUAAAUCUGUCCUACUGUCUUGAAUCGUCUCCUGCAUGGCUACGUUUACCGCGAGUCCUAACGAUGAACAUACCGUUGUUUCUUUCCAAAAACCCGACUAAGAGCUUAACGUUAACUUGACCCAUCAUAUCCACCAUCAAUUCUCUCAGAUCCUUUGAAUUUCUGUCGAAAUAUGUGAUCAACAAGCAUUUUCAACUUAGUAAGCUAGACCGACACCAGUUUCUCCAUCGCUGAUCGCGACCAAAUCACAUCACGGAUGUAGUUUACUCCGCUCUUCUUGUCGUAAUUUCAGUUAACUUUACGCUCUAAAUUACCUUUAUUUUACACAUGUUUCGUCUUUUUUUUUUUCUUUUUUUUUUUUUUUUUUUACAUUUUUAAUUAAAUAUCUCUAUCUUAUAUUUUCUUUUAUAUUGUUCCUAAUUUUUUAUUCGAUAAAACUCUAACGAACUAUAUUUUGUGUUCUACGAUCGUUAUUUUGGUCAUCUGCUACAUAAUCAUGGAAGCUCGGUAAGAACACAAAUCAAAAUAGAAAAUAUAAAUAUAAGAAAUAAAAUAUCAUUUUUGAAUGUUAUUGGGAUAUGACAUGAAGUUGGUACGUGAUCAAAUCUACUAUAACGCUCUUCGGGCGUUAUAGGAUUUGAUCACGUGACCAAAUUCAUGUCAUAUCCCAACAACAUUCAAAAAUGAUAUCUUAUUUCUUAAUGAGAUAGUUGAUUUGCCUAAAGAAACUGGUAUAACUAUAGAUCAUCAUGGGCGAGGUAGAUGUCCGCAGAAUUCACCGAUUCUUGGUGAGUUUAUUAUAUCUUUCAAUUUAAAAAUUUUGUAUACCCACAUCAGUAAUACCCUGCCACAUUUUGUCAGGCAAGCCUACAUUUUACAUACAUGUACAUGUAGUUACUCACAUUCAAAACAAGUUAGCUGAAAUGGCACAUACAUUCCUUGACGGGAAAUUCAAAAUUUAGUUAAAGAAAGAUAUCAAUUUUAAAAUUAUUCAAGCAUGUUUGGAUUGAGUUAGACUAUUUUUUCACACUAACUUCGUUGUAUAUUGUUUUACGCCGCUUUGUCGAUCAUUCAACUGUACUGUAGCCGUACGUAUAGUACAACAAAAGACCUAUGCUUAGCGCUUGGGGUCGUAACAGCGAGGAUUCUUUAAGGUGGUUCAUUACACAAAAAUUUUAUUUAAUGACUCGCUUUAGCGCCUUGUAUGAAGCAUGAUUUCACCAUCGAAAAAAUGAUACAAGCUUUCAAUUAUCUUAUAUAAAAUGUCCGUGAUUAUUUUCGGAAUAAUAAAUAAUGUGUAUUGUUUGCAAAUAAGAGAUUUCAAAAUCCAAACCGCUUUGAUUUGAUGCCUGAAAUCAAAUUCUAAUUAAACCCGCGAAGAAGACCGUGCAAAUGUUCUAUUCUUUAUAAAUAAAACAAUAUUUAUGAAAGUCUUUUUCCAAAUAUUAAUUCUAAAUUUACGACUAAAAUCUUCAAGAAACGUGUCAUUUAGAAAAAAAGAUAUAGGCCAAUAAGACAAAUACAUUUUAAAAAGAAAUCGAAAUGAAAUGACCAAAAUUCAGAAGAAAAGUAUCGAUCCCGAUCAAAAUUAAUAGAUAUUACUAAAAUAAGCAUAUUGUUGCUAAUUCUGUGCACUUUUAAUCAAGAAAUUAGUUCUCCCUCUGAAUUCAUUUCUGGUAGAUGUAUACUCGGCUUUUUAAAUGGACUAAAUUCUGAUAAAAUGGUACAUGUAUAUUCCAACAAUUGAUAGACAUCGAAAAUUAUAUAUGUUAACAGGCUAUUUUUUAUUGUUAUUGUCCCUCAAAAGUAAAUACCCCUUCCACAUAUAAUCAACAGUAAUGAAAAUAUACUUCUUCUUUGUUUUUUUAAUAAUCAUUUUUCUAAACAAUUGCCUGUAAUAAACAAGAUAAGUUAUAUUUAUAAUAUGAAAUGAUAUAUAAUCAUUUAUUUUGAUAAAUUAGAUGUGAGCCCAAACAUGUGGGGGGAAUAAUCUUGUUGAAAAUUCCAUUUGAUGUCACUAUUGGUAUUUUUUAUAUUAUCUUAGAAAAAAGAUUUGCGUAAGAAAUCAUAUGUUGACGUAUUAUUUUAAAAGCUAUAAGCUCAACAACAAGUACAUCCCCAUCCCCGAUAAAUUUUGAAAAAUUAUACAUUGACAUAUUUUUAUAAAACUUUUGAAAUUGGAGUAUAUUUACGUAUGUACAUGUAUAACCUUUGAUCUAAUGCUGAUUAUUUUAUCCUCGUAUCAAAAUAAUCUCUAUUAAUUUACGAUAUAGCAUGUGUAUUUUUUGUCAUACCGGCCGUCAUCAAUUCAUGAUAUUAAGCGGAAUAAGCGAAGGUACAACUUAAGAUUAGCACAGCCAAUCCCUUAAUGAGUUGUCUAACCUCAUUUCCCUACGCUUCCUUUUCCGGCAUCAUCGACAAACAUCAGCAGCCAAAAAAUCGCUCCGAGAAUCGUUCAGUCUAAAUCCUCCCAAUCAUGCCGCCAAUUCGCAGAAAAGUGUGAACGCCUUCAAAAAGAAGGGCAGCCGAGCAGAGGGUUUCCCCUUCCAGAGGCCGGGGCCGACCGAAAACUCGGAUUUCGCCCCCUAGGCAGCAGCACAGACCACUCACGCCAGACGCCAUUGUCAACGUGGCCGAACUACCGGCGGGGGAUAACACCUCAAACGUGGACCAAAUUUCGUCGCCUGGUCCCCUCAGCAGACCUCAGACCCAUGCCUCUACCAAACCACAUCUGGAGGAUCUAGAAUCCCAAUCAGCCAGGCUUAUUGAUACCGCAAUAUCCACAAAUACCAAAAAAGCAUACAUGUCAGUCUUGCAUAAAUACCAUUACUUCAUUUCGGCCUACAAGCUUCCUAACUCCUGGCCCAUCACAAUAAAAACCACACUGUACUUUAUUGCAUAUCUUUCACUUCAAAACCUCUCAACCAACACUAUCCAGCUUUAUGUGCGAGCCCUGUCAUAUCUCCACAAAAUAAGGCUAUUGCCAGACCCAACUAAGUCAUUCUUGGUGACCAAAUCAAUUCAAGGCCUAAAACGUAUUAUGUAAAUAUGGGAUUUGUUUGCUGUUAUCUAUAGUGAAAACCUCAAUAAAAUUUUGUCCACCAUAGACAUCUUGUGUUCCUUGGACCAGUUUCGGGAAACUAGUGGUCAUUUGUUCCUAUUAUACAUACGAGGAGCAAGCCAGUUUUCUGUUAAAUUAAUGCUGAUUAUUUUAUCCUCGUAUCAAAAUAAUCUCUAUUAAUUUACGAUAUAGCAUGUGUAUUUUUUGUCAUAACGGCCGUCAUCAAUUCAUGAUAUUAAGCGGAAUAAGCGAAGGUACAACUUAAGGUUAGCACAGCCAAUCCCUUAAUGAGUUGUCUAACCUCAUUUGCCCUACGUUUCCUUUUCCGACAUCAUCGACAAACAUCAGCAGCCAAAAACCCACCCACCCACCCUCUUACUAUUUUAAUGCUUUACAUGCUAUUUUCCACCUGUAUUGCAGUAAUCUACGCCUAGCAUUUUUACCUUUACAGAUUCAUCGCCUCUGGUAUUUCAGCAAUAUACACAAACCAGAGAAGAAAAUGCCCUUGGCAUUCCUUUACUACCUUCUUCGUCGCAUUGUCGGGUGUGCUGCGGACCAGGGGAGAUAAAAAGGAAUAUUUGGAUCUCAUCUGGCCUGUUGUUCCUCCCCUGUCUGUCUGUUACGACGAAGGGCUGUCAGUGUACGAAGCUGGUCGCCAUUUUAAGUCAGUGAAUUUGUCUACGGUACAAAGUAAAAUAUGGAUUGGAGAAUCACUAGCCUCAGCACGGCUUGGUUUCUCUCUCUACCUCUUUUAAACGGAGGUAGAAACUGUGUCUGGAGUGCCUUGUGUGGUACGAGGAAGUACCGGCACUAUUACCCAGCAGCAAUCCCCCGGAGGAACAGGGACAUCAGGACCGCCGCGGUGACCGAGAGGUUAGAGCGUUCGCCCCGCAUGCGGAAGGCCCGGGGUUCCAAUCCCGGCCGCGACACACUUGAUACAGCUGAUGUUCCGACCUAUGAUGUUUAAGUGGUUACAACCAGGAGGAAGACAUAAACCAGAAGAAUGUCUGUCCAGACACAAAGUAGCGGUGCUGAUUCCCUAUAGAAAUAGACAGGAGCAUCUUAAUAUCCUGUUGUAUGUUUUACACCCGAUGCUGCAACGUCAACUCUUGGACUAUGGCAUUUUUAUAGUUGAACAGAGCAAUGGUACAUUGUUCAAUCGGGGGUUGCUCUUCAACAUAGGAUACGUAGAGGCAUUAAAAGUUGAUAACUACUCGUGUUUUGUUUUUCAUGAUGUUGAUCUUGUACCUGAAAACGAUAAAAUCUUGUACGGAUGUAUAGACAGUCCAAUCCAUUUGUCUGCAGCAAUUGAUAUAUUUAAUUACAGAUUACCAGAUAUUAAGCUCUUUGGAGGCGUUUCUGCAAUGCUUCGAACGCAUUUUGAAGCAGUUAAUGGUUUUUCAAAUUUGUAUUAUGGAUGGGGUGGAGAAGUUGAUGACAUAUUUUACAGAAGGGAUUUGUUAGAUGAUACUUCUUAG